AGACAAUCUACAGAAGCGUUUGUUUGUGAUGAUGUUAUGAUGUUGUAGUUGUUGACGAUUGCCCUCAGUUGACUUAUUUGACUUACAGAAAGCUGUCUCAACACCUUAGGCAUGAGUCACCUGGAGAGUGGCUCGGUGGUGUGGGUGAGACUGGGCCAAGCUUGGUGGCCUGGCACCAUCACCACCGUUGCCAAGUGCCCACCAGAAUAUGUCCAGGCACUUCGGAAGAUGCCAGUUGCAAUUGUCAAGUUCUUCCAUGAAAAUGAAUAUCAAGAUGUUCACAAGUCAGAACACAUCUUCCCCUACAACUGUGAUCGCAAGGAAGAAUUCAUCAGAAGAGGGCAAUGCGUCAAUAGGAACCAGAGUCACGGAGAUGUGGAUUUAUUGGCCAAGUUUGAGGCGGACGUGGUGACGGCCGAGAAGCUCACAGGAGGGGACAUGAACAUCCUACAGACCUUGGGCGAGGUUGCUGGUAAGCGCAGAAUAGACUAUAGUAACCUGGGGUUUGGACAACAAAAAUCCAAGAAGAAAAAAGAGGAGGUGGUCAAGAGGGGAACAGAUAUUGGGCAAGCUGUAGUGUACAAGAAGGUUGGCAGCAGGAUUCCGGGUAAUAAAAUGCAACAGGCCGUGAUUCAAUAUAAGGUACGCAUUCUCCCCCAGCCUAAGAGAGAAAACAGUGAAGAAGACAUGCGUGCUGCAUCAAAUUGGUACAAGUGUCAUAUCUGCGGUUUUACGUGCACCAGGCUAAACGUGAUCAUCUGGCACAACAAAGUUCACAUGAAAAAGGUAUACAAUUAUGACACAGGUAUCAAGAUACCUGGAAGAAGGAGAAGAAAACAGGGCACCCCUAAGACAAACAAGGACUCCAAAAGGAAGGGCAAAGACGCCAAGGGGAGAGAACACUUGCAACACGCUCACACAAACGGCCAAGUGUCCGAGUCCAGGAAAAGCCUGCAGGACACAAAGCAACUCUUGAUGGAUUGGGCCGACGACGACGAGGGAGCGGACGGCGACGCGGCCAAGACUGUCGGGUCGGAUAAAGUUAGAAAACAAAAUGACUCUGACGAUGGCUACAGUGACAUUGAUGAUUAUCCUCCCCCACAACCUAAGUAUGAGAGAAAACCCAUGCCCAAGGCCUCUGAUAUUAACUCUGCAUUUGAUGCUUUACUGGCUGCCACACCAGCCAUUCCAGUUACUCCUUCCUCCAGCCAGACUUCAAAUUAUAUAAAUAAUGACUCGGACAGUGACUAUAGUGACUGGGAAAAAUAUUACGCAAGGGAUUCUGGGUCAAACUCAGAGGAGGAGGAAGUAGAACAGGAGAGUGAUAUUAAGAGUCUCUGUGAAGGAAAGGAAGAGAGAAAUGAUGACACAAAUGGUCAAGAGAAACGGGAAGAAAAAGAUAGUUCAGGGGAACGUGCAGUGGAAGAGGAAGCCACGGCUAAAGUUAAGGAGGAACGUGAAGAGAACGCUCCGUCCCCCAAGGUUGAUAACAGUUGUGAAGAUGUUAGAUCACAGUUACAUGUUCGCACUACUUACCAACAAGAGGAACUGACCCCGGAGCCAGACGAAGAGAAGCAAAUGUGUAUAAACAAACAUUAUGAACCAACAGAUGAUGUCAGUGAACCGGUGCAAGGCAUAAGUAAACCAACAGAUGAUGUCAGUGAACCUGUGCAAGGCAUAAGUGAACCAACAGAUGAUGUCAGUGAACCUGUGCAAGGCAUAAGUGAACCAACAGAUGAUGUCAGUGAACCAGGAGAUGUUGUACCUCGACCAGCUGAAGAAGGUCAACACACUGGUACAUCACCUGAACAACUGCUUGAUGAUAAUAAUGAACCACUUGAAAAUAUUUUUGAUCGAACAGAUGAUAUUUCUAGUCAAACUGAAGAAGUUUCUGAUCAAACUGACAAAGAUUAUGAACCAACUGAUGAAGCUUCUGGUCGAAUUGAUGAAGCUUAUGAACCAACUGAUGAUAAUUACGAGCGAAGUAAUGAUGCCUUUGAACAAACUGAAGGUGAUUAUGAACGAACUGACUCAAUGUAUGAACAAACUGAAGAUGUUUGUGAACAAACUAAAGACAUUGAAGAACGAACUGAAGACAUGGAUGAGCAAAAACAAAGUGACGACAUUUAUGAACAAUCUGAAGAUGUCAACGAGCAGACUGAAGACAGUGAAGGGGGUGAUAAACCUUCAGAAGAUGUCUACGAUCCCUCAGAAGACGUCUACAAUCCCUCUGAAGACGUCUACGCUCCCUCAGAAGACGUCUACGAUCCCUCAGAAGACGUCUACGAUCCCUCAGAAGACGUCUACGAUCCCUCAGAAGAUGUUUAUGGACCAACAGAAAACAUUGAUAAACCGUCUGAAGAUGUUGACAGUCCAGCAGAAGAUUUUGAUGGUCCAAAUGAUUUCAAUGAUAAUGCAGCCGAGGAAGAUGGAGAACAGUCUGAUCACAGUGAUGGUCAGGCAGAUGAGCCGUACAACGUAGGUGAAGAAUCACCUGCCCGUGUGGACCAACCUGACACUGACACUGGGGAAGCUAAUGAACUAACUCAAAAUAUUGAUAAAUUCAGUGAAAAUAUUGGUGAAUUUACACAAGGUCUUAAUGUUGGACUGGCUGAAAGUGAAGGAAUAACAGAGAAUGUUGAAGAAAAUGAGAGACUAAAAGAAAGUGGACACGAGCCGACAAGAAGACCUUUUGAUGCAGACUCCGAUGCCCCGGAAGUGUCACACUCUAAGACGGAAGCCGAGCCGGAGGACACAAAUGAGCCGGCGAAAACGAGCGAUGUGGCGACUACGUCCAGCUCGGGUACGACAUACAUGCUGGUCGCGGUGGACGCUCACGGGAACACCGUGCCCACCGUUCCUACGCCGGCACUCAGCGAGGGGGGCAACGACCUCGUUGCCGUGGAAGCUACGAUGGAGGACGGCACGACACGUACACUGUACAUAGAUCCCUCACAACUGGGCCCAAAUGUAGACUUAAAUAAUUUAAUGCUUCAUAUUGAUUCCAGCGGUCAAGAGCAUGUCAUCAUCCCAUCCUCGUCUUCAUCUGAUUCAGAAACACCCAGUCAAGAACUUCACUCGACAGAGACCCGCGGCCUUCACCAGAAUGUUUCAGAAUCGUCAAAUGUCCAGGCACCGUACCCGGCAGAAACCCGUGGCCAUCAGCAGACGAACCUCGUAGAGAGCACUCGGCACGGUCAUUACUCGCCCGCCCGCCCGGAUGAGAACGAGAACGUCUGUAGACGACCCUACAACACACAGAGUAGUCCCACCAACCCCCGUCUAGACUUGGAUUAUUCGUUAGUAUCUCACAGGCUGAUGGCUUCCUCAGACGCCCUGUGUUCACCGUGUCUUGCUAAUGAUCGUUAUAUACCAAGACCCCAGGGGAAUUUGGAGCCAGAGCUAGGAGAGGGAGUCAAUGAGGCACAUAAGGCUCGUACUCACGUUGAAUCUAACUCUUGCAAGGUGAGAGACCCCCAUAGUAGUGACAAAGACCAGAACAAUUGCCAACAAUCUCAUGAUGCUCAAAUUCCAUCAGAGAUCAGUAUUCCAAAAAUGGCCACUGUCAAUGAUCACUUAAUGAGGGCUCCUGGUGAUGAAGUAAAAGUGAUGAAUGUUCAAAGUGAAUCUCACUCCCAAGCACCAGAAAAAGAAUAUGAUCGUAAUAUUGUUAGCGAUGAGGUGGGCAGUAUCGCCUCUACUCGCAUUAAGGAAGUAUAUAUCAUUGAGAAAUGUGAUGUGAUAGACAGUACCAACAAUGCCACUCAGGAUGUAACUGUGGUUGAGGAACAUGAUGUGAUGGAUGGUGAUGAGGUGGACAGUUUCGUCACUACUGUCAUUAAGGAAGUAUAUAUCAUUGAGAAAUGUGAUGUGAUAGACAGUACCAACAAUGCCACUCAGGAUGUGUCUAUGGUCGAGGAACACUACGUGAUAGUUGAAUGCGAUAGUAAACACAAUGCCUAUACAUACAAACCAGACCUCGACACUUAUUAUAAUAAAGACGCGAAUACAGUUGGCUGUGGCCGUAAUGGAGGAGACACUACAGAUAAUGACUACGGUAGUUAUACACAGGUUGAGGAAGGUGACAACACUAACACAUGUGACUGUGUGCUAGUUGAGGAACAUGAUGUGGUAUUGACAAGUGAGGGACUUCCAGCUGAGAGAGAGUUCCUCACCCAUGACCAGAGGAAUAGACAGGAGUCACUGCUGGAUGAUGAUGUUGAAGGAGAGUCUCACCCAGAGAGAGAAAUAAUACAGGAGUCUCAAAUAAAUAAGAGAGACAUUAUACAAGAGUCCCUAAUAAUGGGAAGAAAUACUAUAUACGAGUCUCCAACAGAUGAGAGACACAUGGUGAACGAGUCUCCAACAGAUGAGAGACACAUGGUGAACGAGUCUCCAACAGAUGAGAGACACAUGGUGUACGAGUCUCCAACAGAUGAGAGACACAUGGUGAACGAGUCUCCAACAGAUGAGAGACACAUGGUGAAUGAGUCUCCAACAGAUGUCGAGUCUCCAACAGAUGAGAGACACAUGGUGAACGAGUCUCCAACAGAUGAGAGACACAUGGUGUAA